AUGCAGUGUGGUCGCGGUAUGCUGAAGGGCCGUUGCUGCUGUGUGCUGUUCCGGGACCUGCAGGUGCUGCUGCUCAGGGACAUGAGCGGACACAGAGACACCGAGGCUCCCAGCACUCAGAGCCGGUCUACAGAGGACUCAGUGCUGGACACGGCGGUGGCAGAGCUCUCCAAAGACAAACGGGAUGAGCGUUUCUCAUUUAUCAGCUAUGCCGAGGGCACGCCGGUGUGCAGGAUCUGUUUCCAAGGACCCGAGCAGGGGGAGUUGCUGAGUCCAUGUCGCUGUAGUGGCUCUGUCCGCAGCACUCAUCAGCCCUGUCUAAUUAAGUGGAUCAGUGAGAGAGGCUCCUGGACAUGUGAGCUUUGCUACUAUAAGUACCAGGUCAUCGCCAUAAGCACAAAGAAUCCCUUACAAUGGCAGGCCAUCUCACUGACUGUAAUAGAGAAGGUUCAGAUUGCAGCAGCCAUCUUGGGCUCGCUGUUUCUCAUUGCCAGUAUAUCAUGGCUGGUGUGGUCUUCACUCAGUCCUUCAGCUAAGUGGCAGCGCCAGGACCUGCUCUUUCAGAUCUGCUAUGGCAUGUACGGCUUCAUGGAUGUGGUGUGUAUCGCUCUGAUUGUCCACGAGGGCCCUUCCGUCUUCCGCAUAUUCAAUCGCUGGCAGGCGGUAAACCAGAAGUGGAAAGUUCUGAACUAUGAUAAAAAGAGAGACAGCGAGGAGCUUAAGGCCAGUGAAGGCGAGUGGACUCUCUCUCUGCUCCACCAGCAGGAACAGGCGGGAGCCGGUAUAUCACCGUCAACCUCCUCGUUAAUGGCUGCUGCAGCAGCUCCCGAUACACCAAACACCACAGCAGCAGGAGCAGCAGCAGGAGCAGCAGCAGGUCUCACUACAGAGGACUCUUCACACAACCACAGUAAUGACACUACAGGGACUGACCAUCACUGUCCUUAUAGCUUUUUUCAUCUCUUCAGUCACCUUCGGCCAAACGAGCUACGCAGCCAGUCAGGAAACACCAGCAACACCAGCAGCCAUCAGCCCAGAGAACUGGUCAUGAGAGUAACCACUGUAUGA